CUGAUAUUGAUGGCAAAGCUGUUGCACUAUGAGGCAGUUCUCUUCAGUUCUCAGUCUCAGUUUGGAUCACUGUGUUUGAGAACAUGAAACUGGUGUACGUGUGCUGUUCUCUGCUGAUAGCCGUCUGGCAGGAAGUAGAAGCUUCUGGUAGUGGCCCCUCUGGGGUUCAGGACAGGGUGUCAGGAGGUUCCAGCUGCUCCCAGGUGAGACUGAAGCCAGCUGGGCAAUGUGAAGAUGAGGAAGAGUGCCCGUACCAGAUCACACUGCCACCGCUGACUAUCCAGCUUCCCAAACAAUUCCGUCUACUGGAGAAGACCAUGAAGGAACUGCAAAGCUUGAAGGAGACAGUAAACAGGUUGAAGAGCUCCUGUUUGGAGUGCAGCUCACAGCAAGUGGACCUCAACUUGCAGAAGGACAGUGGAGACCCUCCAACAAAAAGCGCAGAGCUGAGUCGAGGGGAUACCAGCACAAGAGUCUACCAGAAUGGGAACAACAGUGAUAAUGACAUUGUACAACACAUGCAGGUGAAGAUGAAUCGCAUGUCUAUCAGCCUGAAGAAUGCACGUUCACAGAUUAACUCCCUACAGGGCCGUCUGGAGGAGCUUAACCUCCUCAAUCAGCAAAAUGUGGAGGAUAUAGUGGACAGAAAAGUUGAGAACAUUACCGGGAUUGUCAACAAAAUCAGCAACACUUGCACAAAUUGUCCACGUCAAAAAACAAUUCAACCAGAUCCUCCAUUUCAGCACCUCAUCACUCCCAGAGACUGCUCUGACAUCAGCACACUGGGGCAGAGAAAAAGUGGGGUGUACAAGGUGACCCCUGAUCCCAGAAAUGCCAGCUUUGCGGUGUACUGUGACAUGGAGGAAUUUGGUGGUGGAUGGACAGUCUUGCAGCGUCGCAUCAACGGCACCGUGAGCUUCAACCGUAACUGGGCUGACUACAAGAAGGGCUUUGGUGACCCUAAAGGCGAGUACUGGCUUGGCAAUGAUAAAAUCCACCUGCUUACCAAAACCAAGGACAUGAUCCUGCGCAUUGAGCUCGAAGAUUAUGAGGGCACACGUGGGUAUGCCAAGUACGAACAGUUCUAUGUAUCCAACGAGUUCCUCAAUUAUCGUCUGUCUUUGAGCGGGUACUCGGGGACUGCUGGAAAUGCUAUGCAGUUCAGUAAACACUUCAACCAUGAUCAGAAGUUCUUCAGUACACCGGACAAGGACAACGACAUGUACCCCUCAGGGAACUGUGGAGCAUACUAUGGGUCGGGCUGGUGGUUUGAUGCCUGCAUGUCAGCAAACCUCAAUGGCAAAUACUACAAAUCAAAGUACAAAGGGAAGAGGGAUGGGAUCUUCUGGAGCACGUGGCACAACCUGACUUCUGAGUACUAUCCGACAAACUACAGACAAGCAUUUAAAAGUGUCAAAAUGAUGAUAAGGCCAAAGAAUUAUGCACCCUAAGCCAAAUGAAGUUUAAAUGAACAAUUAUUUUUGGGGCAGUUACACACUUUUCCUCAAGAACAACUUAUAAAGAUAUAGCUUGUGAUUCAUUACAAAUCCUCAAACUUUAACAGAACUGCAUUAAAAAAAAAAGUGUAAAUGUGUAUUUGCAAACCACAUCAAAAUGCUAUCCAUCAUCUUAGUCUAAAUAUACCAGAUCAUGAGUUAUGGGUUCAUAUUUUUGUGUAUGUGCUACUGCCAUCUUCUGUCAAACUGGUUUACUACACCAUCCUAUUUAUGUACUCCUGAUGGGUGCAUUUUUUAUGUGUUGAUGUAUUCGGUGGGCCACACUGAACAGCUUUUUAAAAUAGCUUAUUUUAAAAUUAUUUGAUUUAUUCUGCCCAUUAUCUUCUUGUGGACUUUAUACAUUUUAAAUAUAUAUUUUUACCGAAUUUUUUUUUUUUUACUGUAGGCUGGAUGCUUAUACAUAUUAUUCAAAGCUAACAGACAUGGACUAAAGGUCCAUAAGGUUGAUAAAAUCUAGUAUAUCUGUAAAAUUUAAGGAGGAAAUGUACAGCAUUUUGAAAGCACGGGAUGAUUUUUUAAAAAGGUUUUUAAGUACUGCUUUGUGACUAGGCAGACCUCGAUGAACUUUUUUAUUUUUUUUUACCAGUCUGAAAUUAACAAGCUUAGUUUUUUUUUCUAAUCAAUAUUAGCCAUCUUUUUAGGAGACUGUUUGUAUAUUGGUGAAAUUAUAUCAAACACCUCAAUUUGUGCGUUUAAAGGUACAUUCAUAUUUUUUUAUAAAACUAAUAAAACUGCAUCUAAACGUUGA